CUAAACACAAUUGUCUCUGGAAUCCAAUUAGGGCGAAAAAAAUGUCUAACUUCAUACGGAAGCAAGAAGUCUGCGGCUCGGGUUUCGGCUAUUCCCGGGUUGUGCUCGGCCCUAUAGAGUGGAACCGGGACGUCGAUUUCGUACCUGAUCCAGGACCAUGGCAGAGGAAUCACAAGCUUCCCUAUGAACCAGAAGAACCUUUCUACACCCACAAUUUCCCACCGCUUGUGACAGGCCCCUCUGUAGACCCACCACCUCGGGAACCCUUUGGACCACCAAUACCGCUCUUUGCUAGACUUGGACUUCAUUGCUACAAUCUUCAAAAGGGGACAAACUUGCAAUUUGUGGCUCUACACAAGUAUCACUCAUGGAUGACCUCCAUUUAUUCUUACCUUGUAACAUUAGAGGUACUCGAUCCAAUACGCAACUCUUGUUGCGAGUUUGAAACUUAUGUUAUGCAUGCCGUUGAGAAUAUAGAUUGCUUGAGCGCAAUUAUAACCGGCUACAGAUUAACAACGCCGCAAACUCCAGUGGAGGAAGGCCGCUGGUAUGGCUUUAACAAAGAUGUUGUGGAUUUUUUCUUCAAAGGUGCUAUGCCCGAUUGGAUGCCCGAGGGUGCACUAACGGAAACUGAGAAGCUCCAAUGCUAUGAGAUGAAAGAAUCAGAGGUGGAAGAAGAGAAGGAAUGGCUUCACCUAUACGCGGAACUCGCGUUGUUCUCCUUGUGGCAAUCUAAGCUGGAAGCACUGGAGUCUGCAAAGCCAUUUGAUCUUCGGAAGAUAAUUGUAAGAACCAAAGAAGAUGUGGAGUCGAAGAAGAAGGUGAAGGCGGAGAAUGCAAUCUUCUACAUUAGCUUCAAAACCCGUUGCGGGCAAGAAUGCUACGGUAUCAUAAGGAAAACAACAGACGGAAUGCCAGAGCAUCUUUCGCUUGAAGUCAAGUGUUUGAUGUGAGAGUCUCGUUAUGUAAAAUGUUUCUCUAAAUGUUUUUCAAAAGCAAAAGUAACAAUUGAUUGAUUCAGUCCAUUAUUGCUUUGUUACGGAAUUUAAAGCCCUAACUUACGUUGUAAGGCAUAAGUUGAUUUUACACAUAUUGUCCUUCAAAAACAAUUAGUAUAACCAUUAAAAACUUCCUUAUUGC